GAGGAGCAGGACGACGGCGACGACGUUCCACCUAUCCUCCGGGAGAUCCAGCGUGAGAGCGGCAUGACGCUGACGUCGAUGAAAAUCCUCAACGCGGUCUUCGGCUCGGAUCGCGAAGAAUGGCGCCAAACUUUGGGGGCGGAGCUCAUCUCCAUGACGGACAACGAGACCUUCCGGAAGACUUCGGCCGCAGAGGUGCGAGAAGUACGACCUCAAGACGUCCUUCCUAUGAAAGUUGUGACCGGGAUCAAGGCUGCAGAUUCAACUGGGCACAGGAGGAAGAAGGCGAGGGGCGUCGUGUGCGGCAACUUUGAGGGCGAGUCGGACGAGCCGGUGUACUGCAGCAACUUGGACAUUGCGUCGUUGAGGGCUGCAUUGGCGGUGGCCUGCAAGAAUGGCUGGAGCCUCGGGGCCAUGGACGUGUCGACCGCGUUCUUGAACGCACAUUUGCCCAUAAGGCACAAGCGUGUCGUCGUCAGGCCGCCUGCUGUUUUUGUCCGGUACGGCUUGGUUCCAGAGGGCGAACUCUGGGCGGCGGAGAAGGCCAUCUACGGCCUGAGGGUCAGCCCGAAGGCUUGGAGCGACAAGCGGGGCGCUUUCGUGAAGUCGAUCGUGGUGGAUAUCGGGGGCGAGCCGCACGUGCUGCGGCAAUCGUCUGCUGAUCUGGCGGUCUGGGCGGUGGUGCCGCAGCAGGGCGGCGACGUCGUUGGCUACGCGCUGGCGUACGUGGACGACUUCUUGAUGAUGGGGUCGGACUCCGCAGUGAUAGCUCUGAGGGACCAGCUGGGGAAGCUCUGGCGCACGAGCUCGCAGCCGAUCGCGAACAGGUCGGCCCCCGGCUCGCUCCGGCACCUGAGCAUUGACAUCGAGCUCAAGGCCGACGGCACUCUGACGCUCGGGCAGCGCCAGUACACCGAGGAGCUGCUCGAAAAGUGGGGGAUGCUGCAUUGCAACGGGACGGGGAACAUCAACUUGGAGAAGGAGUCUUUCGAGCACUUCACGGCCACCUCCUCCAGGUGCGAUGGCGACGACGAGGAGGAGGCACCCGAGGUCUUGAGGCAUUUGUCCAGUACGCGCCGCACGGGGCUCUACUACCUCCCCGGCAGCGGAGGCGCAGGCGGAGACGACCAGGGCGAUGGUGGCGAGCCGGGCCCGGAGGCCGCCUUCGUCCAGACGUUCGCGGACGCUUCCCACGAGGACGUGGGAACCCAGACAGGGGUCGCUACGUAUCUUGAUGGUUGCCUGAUCGAUUGGAGGUCAGUCAGGCAACAAUUAGUCGCUUUCUCCACUUGUGAAGCCGAGGUCAACGCACUUGCCAUGGGCGAGAGAAUGCAAUCGUCAGUGGUAGCGACUUUGGAGAGCAUGCAGAUCCGAUGCCGUGCCGUUCUGUAUGGAGAUAACAGCGCCGCCAACCAAAUUGCGACUGGCAGGGGGGCGUGGCGCACGCGAGCCCUCUCGACCAAAGUUAACGCGAUUCGUUCGCGUGUCGAGCGAGGGCUUCUGACUCUCCAGUUCGUCGCCACAUCUUUUAUGAAGGCCGACGGGCUGACGAAGUGCGGCGGAGUGCCGUGCGCGCAACGCACCAGAGGCCAUAUUGGCCUGCGCCCGCUGUGA